AUGCGACCUCACGAACAGACACCUGCCACAGUUUGUUUAUUCCCUAACAUUGUUCUAGAGUUGGUUGUUGCCCUCUCCUCGGCCACGCUGGUAGUCCCCUCGGCAAAGUGUCCAACCUCCGAAAUCCUCUGCCAUAACUAUUCCAGAAUUGAAACAACUUUCCGGCAGGUCGUAGUUUCACCGAGCGCACGAACAAAGCACUCUGUAUGGGACCUAGAUGCCAUCCUCUUUCCCAAUUAUACCAAGAAACAUCAGCAUCAGCAGGCGAAAUGCAGAGAACGCCAGAAUCAAUCCUUACCGGCAGUACUACUAGAAGUAUCCGCAGCGCUCUGCUCGCUGGAAAAACUACCGCGUGAGUCCUUCAUGGGCGAUACCGAGCGACCCAAUGCCAGUAAAAGAAGCCCCCGACUGCUCACUGCUUCCAUAGUUGUCAUCGAUGCCACGAAAGGAAGGACUGUAAAGGUCCCGCAAAGUUUACUUGAUGAACUAUUCCAGGAAAUUGAUAGACUGAAGCGGCAGAGUACAUCUCGGCUGGACUCCCGCACAGCGCAAAUCGAUGACUCCCACGACACAAAUACUCCCGACGGAAGUGCCCUACAAUCACUUCAAUCUCCUCUAGACCUUCAGCCAGAACCAUCUACAGAGUCCGCGGAAAACGAGACAAGUCCAGCAAUCAGUAUCGACCCAUGGUUCGACAGUCUGAAUGUCUUCAGAAGCUCUGUCCUCAUCGGUGAGGCUGCCGACGCCGCUUUUGCGACUCGAUUUCGCCAGGUCAUCACGGACCCGUUAGCUCCCGAGCCUAUCCACCUCAUACGACUGAAUUAUGCCUCCAACGAGUCCAUGAUGUCGCUGGCUCAUGUCAACACACCAUGGCCAGGGCCUUCUCGCGCGAAGUUUCUGCUUGAGGCUGCUAUGAAGUACAUUGGGCGUUCAUAUCACAUAGUGGAAACACAAGCAAUUACAGAAAGUUGGAAGCAGAACACUCAUGACGCGAGCCCGGAAGCGAUAGUUCUUCGUUGUAGAACUUGGGCCUUGUUUGCUAUCGGGGAGCUCUACAUCUCCAAAUCCACCGGUGUCCACGGUUUCCCUGGAAUGGCAUACUUUGCGCAAGCAUCCAAGGCUUUAGGAUACCUUGACGAGCGCCCCGAAGUCGAAACCGUUGAGCUUUAUCUUCUCUUGUCUUUCUACUCCAUGGCCCUAAACCGACGAUAUAGUGCGUACGUCUUUGCGGGUACUGCCGUCCGUGUCGCUGUUGUCAUCGGCCUACACCUUAACAUCCCGGAGUCUCAAUUGCCAGACCCCAUGGUCCGCCGGCAUCGAAAAAGCCUCUUUUGGACGGCAUAUAUCAUCGACCGACUCUAUGCUGCGAACCUAAAUCACCCACCGGCAAUUCAAGAUGAUGACAUUGGUGUUGACCUGCCUUGCGAGCCAUCUGAUUCGACCUCGACAGAUAGCCGCGGUGACUCUGAUUAUCAUGUUGCUGAUAUCAGACUAGCUGGUCUACUCACUUCCAUAAUCCGGUCUGUCUACAGCGUCCGAACGCAAGCUGAAGGUACAUGCGCAAACCUUUCUAGCCGCGUACACGGCUGUCUCAAAGAUUUACAAUCCUGGGUUGAAAUCUUACCUGGGCCAUUACAAAUAGGGGAUGGGUCUCUGAACCAGCCUCAUGAUCAUAAAGUCGUCGCUCUCCAUCUGCGUUUCUAUCAAUGUGUGAUUUUGGCUACUCGACCACUUUUGCUACACGCUUUGCGAAUCCAUAUUGCCAACUCGCGUCCUGGAUCGUCUCCAGCAACAUCCAAUAUCCCUGACGAAGCGACAGCACUGUCAAAGGCAUGCAUACGAUGCGCUCAUCAGUCUACGAGGCUACUCACACGAGCGUGGAUCGAUGGAACCUUUAUGACUUUUGAUUGCUUCUUCACACAACACCUCUUCUCGUCAUUAACGAUCCUCGCCAUUUCGAGUCUCUUGGAUGGGAUAGGCAGUCGUCUUGAUCGGGAUAUUUACGAGGAGGCAUCUCGUCUCCUCGACCAACUAAAGAUGGCUGGGAAUAUGGUGGCACAGGAAUAUAGUCGCCAUGUUGAAGUGAUGGAGUCAACGAUGUUGUCGAACCUAAAAGCACAUACCCAAUCACAAUCAGAUGGAGUAGCAGAUUCUUGCGACGAUAGUCUCACCCAGGAUAUUGAUCGAAACUUAGCUGAUGAAGUAAUCCCAGCCGCAGGUGCACCUUGGCCAGAGCCGUCGUUGCAAGAGCUGCUAUCCCAACCAGUGAUAGAUGUUCACUUUUUGGAGGCUGCUGUUCGAGGAGAGCACUCGCAAGGGAUUCAUUGGCCAGAUGUGAGUCGCGGCAAGUUUCCGGCCGCUAAGCUCCCCGCCGAGCUAUGUCAUUACGAGACAAUGAUGUCCCCCAUUUUGGUUUGCCUUUUCCCCCGCGUUUUUGCUUUCUGCAUUGAUUACUUGGUUCUGCUUUUAGGACCAGAUUCUCAUAUGCUCAAUGCUGCGCAACUUCAGAUUGUGUACGCCUCCACCCCUAAACUUACCUCAACAACCGAAUGUCGACCUGUGCUUCGAUUAAUGCCAUUGGGGGGCUCAGUCACACACGGCGUCGGCUCUUCUGAUCAAAACGGGUAUCGGAAGAAACUCUCUGAGUUACUGCACGGCUGCGGCUACAACGUCUGCAUGGUUGGAUCCCGUAGAUCCGGCACCCAUUUUAACAACGAACAUGAAGGCUGGCGGGGGUAUAGGAUCGACCAAAUCGAGGCCAGGGCGAAGCUAUCAGCAGCGAAGUUGUUGCCGCAUGUCUUCACUGUGAACGCCGGAUCCAACGAUUGUUUACAAGGAUACAAGUUGACAGAAGCACGAUGCCGCCUUGUUCACCUCUUGGACACCCUCUGGGUUGCCUCGCCUGGCUCAACCAUUAUUCUCUCAGGCCUACUGGUCAACCAGAACGAGGUCGUGCAGCAGCGGGUUGAGGAAUUCAAUAUUGAGGCGGAGAGACUAGCACGCCAAUUGACUCUUAAAGGCAGGAAAAUUGUCCCGGAAAUGGCUAGGGGGCUUUCGGGUGGCUGUAAAAAGAGGCUUCUUGCCCCCCGCCAGCAAGCCCCAGAUCAGCUGAAGUCGAGCAGUUGGGAAGCGUCGUCUCUUGAUUAUGAUUUACAGAUAAGACUGAUGCUUGGUUCGGCGCUGAUCUCCGCUGGUAUCGUUGAAGGACACAUUUCUGCUAAGGCCGAUUGCAUGUAUCGCCGAGUGAGUCUCUUAGUGCCACGACCUAUGAUCCUUUAUGAUAAGCAUAAUGCUAAGCAAGCCGGUAACGUGCCCCCUCCACCGGGCCAGUUCCUCAACCUACUCGCCAGGGGCAAGUUCACCGUCAACCUCGGGGCCAACCGCGGCUGCACGAGCCUUUCCUACGGCGGCAAGACCGUGACGCAGUGGCCAGACUGCAGCGAACACCCAGAAGACUGGCAUGCGCCUGUGCCGGGCAAGUGUCUCGUCGAUAACCCGGACGGUAAAGGUGCGAUGCACACGCAAAACUAUACCACCACGGCAGGCACAGCAUUCGCCAUCAGCUAUCAGUCAGAUAUCAGAAAGCAACUGACUGUAGUCGAAAACAGCACGCCUUGGAAACGCGUAGCUUCGUACCAAGUUCCGGACUUGCCUGCCUGCCCGGUGGGAGGCUGCUACUGCGCUUGGCUCUGGAUUCCAGAUGGAUGUAAGAUCACCCUCGCUUAUGAGCGCCCCUUGGCGCAAUUGACUGACUCGUUCAUCGCAGGUGGCCAGCCCAACAUGUACAUGCAAAACUUCAAAUGCAAUGUUACCAACGCCGUGUCCACGAAGCGACUGGGUAUCGCUAAGCCGCCCGUCGCUUGCCGAGAUGAUUCGAGAAAGUGUGUCGCUGGACCGAAGCAACUGAUUGCUUGGAAUCAAGCCGAAGGAAACAACGUGCAGGAUGUCGGUUAUAGCCCCGGGUACAACGCCAGGAUGGGUUUCAAGCCAGCCAACCGUCUGCAGGGCUCCCGAUACGGAUACGCACACCUUGACCGAGAGCGCUAG